AUGACUGAAGCGGCUGCUUCUCCGAAAUCGCCUCCGGCAAAUGGACAACCUGUCCAGACCUCCGCGAUCGAUUACGCCAGCACAGAAACAAAGGUCGACUCGACGUCACCUCAAGCCGCAGAUACAAUCUCAUCGCUGUCGGGACAGUGGAUUCUGAGCUUUCUCGAGACGGUCGACAAUGGCACACUUGUUGUGAUACUUGGUGCUUCUGCGCUUCUCAUAUACCUUAUUUUCGGCAGGUUAGGAAUACUUCUCAUCGGCCUACUUUCAGGGUUCCUGUUUCAUGAUUACCGGGCAGGGCUUAUUGCGGAUAAGGCUGCUGGAGACGGAGGAGAUGGCGUUGGUCUAUAUUCUUUUCGCAGGAGAAGAGAGCUUGGGAUCGAAGUCGCUUCGCGACUUCUGGACUGGAAACCUCAGAGCGAUGUUGUGCGAACAGAUCAGGAAAAGGCAGCAGCAGCAAAAGCUAAUGAGGAUGCGGCCACAUUGGAUUUAUCUAAAUUUCCCCCUGCUACUGCUGCUGCCCUCACGGAACUCAUAGACGCUAUGAUGGAUGGCUAUGUACUUCACUGGUAUAAGCCUAUAUUACCCUCGGACGACUCGUUUCCCCUCUCCUGCAGAAAGAUUAUUGUCGGAUUCGUAAACUCGCUAUCAACGCAUAUGACCCGUAAACGAUCGGCAGAUACAUUUCUUCAAUUCGUUACCAAUUCAAGUUCAAUGAUUAUAGUAUUUCUGAACGAACUAUCUCUAGCCUUACAGGAAACAGCUUCCGAUUCGACGUCGACCGAAGAUCAUGUGAGGCAAUAUCUGACAAAGUACCCGAACAGUAACCUGGCCAAUGUGCUGUCGAAAGAUCAGCAGCAAAAGAAAAUGACAAUGGUCGCAGACGACCUGCUUUCCAACUUCCUGGAACCUUCUUUCUACAACUGCGAGACAGUAAGAAACUUCCUUCGCGGAAUAUUUGCCGGUGUUGUUCUCGAGUCAGUCGUGAAGAGCUGCUCACAGCCGGACUCUAUCAAUGGGUGGAUUGUUUAUCUGCUAAGGGAAGGCGAACCGCAAAUCAUGAAUGCGAUUGAUGCCGGACUCGAAAGCGCCUCGAAGGGUGAAAUAGCAGCUCUAUCAGGGAUUGCAGGGAACACUUCUCAGGAUCUGACCGAAAGUGUGAAAGGAAAGCAGGGGCCAUUUCCCAUACAGGAUGCUCCCGGGUUACCAAAGCUUAAUAGUGAUGGCAGCAUUCUAUUGAAGGACAUCUCCAAAGAUAAAACGACUGGGGCGAUAUCUAGCAGAAGUUCCCCAGGAGCUACACCAAGUUCUUCUAUCGAGAAACUUCCGAAGGAAGAUCGAGGAGAGGCUCCGCAGCGGCUGCUUGAUAUUGUGAACCAAGAGCAUAGUUUAGGUGGAACAACGAACAUCAGUAAUCAAGAGGAAGUAGAAGACGCUGUGCAAAUACUCUAUGGGGCAUCCGUCACGGUUGAUGAUGGUUCCGUGCCUGGUGACAAAACGACAAUGAAAGCCAAGCCGACAACUGAAUAUAUGCUUCAAAUAGAACCUGCUUCAACACGGUAUCCGGGUUGGAUGAUCUUCAGAAAAUAUCAAGAUUUUGAAUAUUUGCAUGCAGGUCUUGCAACCCUCGCCAGAUACCAUCAUGCUCCCUUUAUAGAUAUCCAUCCUGUGUUACCCCCAUAUCGUGACCAAACAAAAUCAUCACUGGCAAAGGCUUUAGAGCGAUAUCUCCGGGAUGCGCUGGAGCAUAGAGACCUGGCGAAGUCUGAACGCCUUCGAAAAUUUCUCGAUAAAGACAACGAUUUUGGCCAGAUGUCUCCUACGUCUGGGAAAGGCGGAUUUAACCUGCGUGCCUCAAGCACAUUUGAAAACAUGGGAAAGAACAUGUUGGGCGUUUUGUCCAAUGCACCCAAAGGCGUUGCGGGGGGUGGAAAAGCCAUGUUAGACGGAGUAACUGGAGUUCUUAGUGGCGUUAAUAGGAACAGAAGGAGCGUGGAUACUACUCCCAGAGAUUCGAAGAAUUCUCCAGCUAGUGGUUCAAACGUCGCUCUUAAUGCAAUCCGAGAACGUUCGCCAGAUACCACAUCGCUAGGUAGUUCUCAAGAUCUCGGUAGCCCGAUACGCAUCGAUCAGCAUGGCGACGAACUGUCUAAUGGCGCUGGGGCCGUUGAGACUCCCAUGACAGAUGCAAAAUAUCAGGAUUCUAUGGCGAACAAGGCGACAGCGCAGUCUGCACAAGAUGGACAAAAUGAUUCAACAAGCCCUAAAUCAUCUCCGACUUCGUCAGUACGGACCCCAAGCCCUGAGAAGGAUAACGCAAAGCCUGAGACCCUAUACGAACCUACACAAGCACAAGACAUAAGUGCUAACCCAGUUAUAAUGCGAAAGGAAAGCACACACUAUCCACGCACGAAGCCUUCAGAGAAUCCCAUCAACGAAGAGGAAACCCGUGUAGCCGUGGAGCUUAUAUUCGCAGUCAUUAACGAGUUAUAUACACUGUCUUCUGCCUGGACCAUUCGAAAGACACUACUCAAUGCUGCAAAGACGUAUAUUCUUCGUCCAGGUAAUUUACAUUUGGAAUCAAUCCGUGUCCUAGUACAAGACUCAAUGAUUGAUUCCAACACCACAGACGAAGCGAUCGCUGCUAAACUCACGAAGAUCCGAGAAAACGCUCUACCCACAGAAGAGGAGAUGAAAGCAUGGCCACCUCCAUUGAGCAAGGAGGAAAGCGAAAACCUCAAGAAUGAGGCGAGAAAACUGCUGAUUGAGAGAGGUAUGCCUCAAGUCCUGAUGAGCGUAAUGGGUGCAGCAGCGUCUAGAGAGGCAUUGGGGAAGGUCUUUGAUUGUCUUCAGGUUGAGGAGGUCGGGCGAGGAUUCAUGUUUGCUCUCAUAUUGCAAGCUCUAAGAGCUGUGAUUCUAUGA